CUCCUUAUAGCAAAUUCUGCAUACUCCCCAUAGCGAAUUCUGCAUAACAUACUCUCGGUAUCUCACAAUCUGUAUGCCAUAAUCCUUUUUUUGCAAUCAAACUAAUGUUCCCACACUCCGUAUAACUACAAUAUACCUCGUAUGUUUACGAUGGAUAAAAAGUAAGAAAAUGACGUGCUUGUCUUUUUAACUUGUUCUUUAUGGUGAUUAUUUUUUAUUUAUUUUUUUGGGAAAUAGUUUUAAACAGUCUGCAAUAUUUCCACUUUAAGAACAUUCGUUGGCAGACUCCGUAUAGCUAAACCAAACUCCGUAUAGCAGCUAUACGGAGUAUUACUCCGUAUAGAAACCACACUCCGUAUGUCACAUUUGCACGUGGUCCCUCUGCGCCCCGUGGGAUGCCCUUUGUCUCCUAGCGUUUUUCGACUUCCGUACUUUUGUCAAGCUAGAAAAACCAAAACAAAACUCGAAUUUCAUGCAGACCUCCAAUAUAGAACAGCAAAGAUCCUUUUUUCAGGCAGAACGAUGGGACGCAUAUUUCUAGAGCAUCCUGGAGGAACAAGAUUAUUCUCAUGUGCUAAUUGUGACACUGUCUUGACAAACAGAAAUCAUCUAAUCUCAAUGAGAUUUACUGGUGCCACUGGGCGUGCAUUUCUUUUUCAUAAAGUGGUGAAUCUUUGCUACAGUGAAGUCCAGGAUAGAGUUAUGUUAACUGGAAGACAUAUGGUCAGAGAUGUGACAUGCAAAAAUUGUGAUGCAAAAUUGGGUUGGAUAUAUGAAUAUGCCACUGAGGAAGAACAGAGAUAUAAGGAGGGUCAUGUUAUUUUGGAACGUGCUCUGGUGACAGAAAGUGAUGGUAUUGAUGAAAUACAUGAUUAAAAGAUCGAAUAGACUUCUUGUGUGUUUGGACUUUUGUUUUUGUUUGAUUGCUUUGCAAUAGAAAGUAAAUUAUUUGGCACAAUGCAGUUUAACAAUUCUUUUAAAAUGUGUAUUUUCAAGUAUAUGUUCUAAUAAAAGUUGUUAUUUGCAAAACAUCUUUACUGUAGUUUAUGUCAGGGAUUUCCCCUUUUCCUAUUUGUUGUUGUCUCAAGUACUCACAGUAAAGCUGAUAGUUGUUUAAAUUGGCAAUGCAAUGUUCUACUACUGGUUUGUAUGGUAUAAUUAAAAGAUGCUUGGAAAAUUCUUGUCACCAUUUUAUGCUUUGACAUUUUAGAAUGUUUGGCUGACAUUUUUCUGCUUGUUGUUCGUACAAAAAUUCAUAUUUAAUGUGAAAUAAAUGAGAGGAACAUUUUCUUAUCUAACCUUAACUCUAAUGCAAGGUUUUUCACUAGCACUAGAUGAGGAGUUAAUUUUUACUAUCCUUGUAUGUUUAUUUAUUUGUAUAGUAUUUUUGUUUAUAUUAAACAUUUUAUAUAUACAAUUUAUCUUUUUCUCUUUUCGAAAUUUAUAUUAUUCACAAUGUAGCAAUACAAAUGUAUCAGUAUUAUCUUCAUUGGUUUAAUUGUAUGGUUUA